AUGAUAGCACAAGGAAUAGAUCAACAACACUUGAAUGCAUUAAAAGAAAGUAAUGUGUUUAAUAAUGUGGCAACAGAUGCUCAGAGAAAAAUCGAUGAAUAUGUUAGAGGUGUCAUUGACGAACAAGGUCAAACUCCCAUUCCACCAGUAGAAAGAGGUUGGAAAAAGGUUGGCACCGUUAAAGAUAUCGACUCUGUUAUGGAAAAGUAUCCAGUCACCAAAUACAAGUAUGGUAGUUCAUACAAUACAAAAUCAAUUGAAUCACUUGUCGUAUCAACUUGGAAUAGAGGUUUAAGAAUCACUCACAAGAAACCAUAUGUAAUGGGUGAUAAUGCUACUGAUUUUCAAUAUGGUUUCGCUGGUUGGACAUUUGGUAUCAUUCAUACAAUGCUCUCAACUCUUCUGGUCAUAUGGUAA